CACUGAUCUAUCUACCUUCAGAGCUCCAACCGCUACAAUGAGUGCGAGCACCCCAACUACCGCUUCCCUCACUCUCCUCCCGCACCCAGUUGCGUCGACUGUGCACACUGUCGGCCAGCUGCUCGCGAGCAAAGAGCAUAUCAAUACAAACUCCCUCGCCGACCGCCACUACGACGAUACCUUCUUCGUGCCUUUCUACAGAGACAUUCUCACCCUCAAGCCUGAUGAGACCCUCGAUUCCUCCCUCGGCGGCAUCCGCCUCCUGUCCGCUCGCGAAGCUGGUAGUUCCCUCGUCCAACUCAACGCCGAGAAGAUGGAAGUGCGGGGCCUGAAAGACCCACAAGGGGCACUGGACCUUGUCGCCAAGUCCCCGAGCGCGCAGUCGUGGCUGAAGCUGCGGCUCGCUGAGGGCAAGGAGGUGGCGUUUGUCACGAAGGUGCAGAGUGUGAAGAAUGCGAAUUGGAGACGGUGCAGUGUUGUGGAUGUGGGCAAUGGAAUGGUGAGGGUUAGGGAGGAGAGGAGGGCGAGUCGGGCAGAUGAGGAUGCUGUGGAGCUAGGCGAGGGAGGCCUCUUGAAGAAGGUGGAUAGCAAGACAGAAGAGGAGCUGGCUGUCGCGAGUCCAACAGGAAGCAAGAACGAUGUGCUGGCGUUGGAGAUCAGAAAGGUGGUGCUGGAGGAGGGAGAUGGUGACGAUGUGCAGUGCCAGCUCGGAGAGGUGCUGGGACAAGAAGAGGCUGCUGCCUUCUUGAAAUGAGGGUAUACCAUAAAGUAGCGGAAGCUGGUGUUAUGGCUAUGGUCCUUUCUUGGAGUUCGGGACUACAGAAACUUCCACUUUGCAGAUAAUCAGAGGAGCUUUGGUGGAUUGACAAUGGACGAGACUGAUUUAUGGUGUUCUGUGGAGUCUAGGUGUAAUCUUCAAUCUUAACAAAAACAGUAUCAAAAUCAAAAUGAUUCACUUUCAUGGAGCUUUAGCGGGGCGAAGUGAUAAUCAACUCAUACCCAUGUCUCUAGCGCAUUAAUUUAGGCCAUGUAUUUAAGACUUUGCGUUACUCAUUAUAUUAGAUGUCACGAUGUUAAUGGUGGAGUCGUACGUGGGCCACCUCGUCUGCCGUAUGUGAGCAGCUACGGUCGACCGCGAUGGCCAUGAGCGCUCUUUUUGGACAUGUUCCGAACGACACCAAACUUCCAAUUCCAAUCUUCUCUGUC